CUCGUCCUCCAACGUAUGGACGCGAAAAUGGUAUGGAACAAGUUGUAUCGAACUACAAUCCCGUACCAGCUCCUGCUUUUGUUCUUGGUGCGCCAAUGCUAACGAGGACAAGGCGACUUACAAGAUAUGGUACGUUUUUGCGGGCUCCUCGUGCUUGGGGUAAGCAAAAUGGUUGCGUCGUCCAAUGGGCAGAUGUUAAGACUUUGACUUCAUAUAUUAUAAGAGGCAUCUGCGCCUAUGUCAUCGAUUUCGAUGUUGUGAUGCUUCAAAUUUUCAUCAUACUGAUUAUAUUAAGAGGCAUCUUCGACGAGGAUGGCGCACUUUCAAGUUGGAAAACGGUCGAAGAUGCACUCUGAGAUGAAAAUAGGGAAGGUCUAAAGAUGGCCUGGGUGUCAGUAACACUUGCCGCGUCCUGAGCCACACCCUCAUGACAUCUGGCUCUCCGCCGGAGCGUGCAUGUCGGAAAGUCAAGUUAAGGCGAACGAAAAAAAUAGAUAAUUAUAUUUAUUUAUGAAUAUUAGACUAGUUAGGUGGAAGGCUUUUCCAAUGGCUUCCAGCGUGGGAUCUCUAUCCCGUCGUGUCUGCGGAUCCAGGUGGAUCUAGCUAUCAUACUACUGGCAAGGCUAUGCCUUGCCCCUAAUAAGUCAAAAAAUCUAGUCCCUUCACAAUUAUUUUUAUUAUACAUAGUUGUAAGUAGAAUAAUUUAUAGAAAGGAUGUAGGUGGAUGGACCACUUGGAUGGAUCGGAUCAUUGACCCCCCUAAAUCUUCGGGCCCUACUUAAAACGACUAGCGGCCCUGGGAAGUCCAUCCGAUCCAUCCCCUCCCGAAUCCGACAAUCGUCCUACAAAUUGUUCUAUUAUAGAAUAGGUGGAUACCUUUUUAUAGAUACCUACUUACUUUAUCUAGUACCCUAGUUUUGAUGUUAUUAUUUUGUUCAACAAAUCAAUUUGCUCUGCCUCUAAUCAACGCGGCUUUCCUUCGAUCCUCUGGAAAGGCGAAGGCGUGCGGUGCGGUUGUGUUGGUGCUCGCAGCUGCACAACUAGGAAAUCGAGCAGGACUGCCACUCCCACCCUUAUUUGGUGAUGCACGAGACCACGGUUCUGCGACUACAAAUUCGGCGAAAGCUGGACACCCUCAGCGCUUGUUAUGGCUCCAGACUUUCUGUACUUCGAAAAUCUUGCUCACAAUGGGGGUUUCAUGAUGUAAUUAAUAAAUAUGACAUCUUCAUCUUGCUCUUGUAGUUGAAGCCAGUUUUCAUUUUCAUUUUCUUCACCCCUAAGAUAAAGAUUUGCUACAGGGAAAGAACAUCCACUCAUCAUGACCUUGAAAUAUGAAGGAGUCGCUAUUUCUAACAUUGAUCCAUCCAAGCCAUUCGCAACUCGCAGAGCAGAUUGCGACAGAAAUGACGCGUGGCGCCAUUCUGGGCUUCUGUGGCUACCACAUGGGAACAGGGGUACUGCGUCAUUUCUUUUUAUUAUUUAUGGUUAGUAUGUCGUUGCUGAUAUAAUCAUGUAAAAAAGAGCACUUACAUGAUCGUUUUAAUGUUGCUUUUGCUCAUCAUGUAGGUGCUGACCUCAACCGCGUUCGAAGACUACCAGUUGUAGGUUGUACAUCUAGAUCUAACAUCUACUCUACAACACGACCAUUUAAUAUUGGGUUUCCGUCACAUACAUGACAGAUGGUCACUUAUGCACAGUAUGCGCUAGGCCGUCGCAACAGACCGAGACGGCGACUAUUGGGAUCGACGGACACCGUUUCAUCAUGACGAUUACUCAAGCGUAUAAUCCGUACGAGAACGAGAAUCUACUGCAGACUUUAUUCCUCUUUGCUUAAUGGAAGUGAAAUUGAUUUCUCAAUAGAUGUCAGCUCGGUUUUUAUAGUUCAAUGUGCGAUUAUACUGCUUUUAAUCGUAAGAAUGUAGAUGACAAGUUUAAAAAGUAUAAGUUUUUAACUUGUUAAUUUCUGAAUUUUUGAAUCUUCUUCUGAAGGCAUGUUGCCUUGCAUGGUGUCCUCCUAAGAUUUUUCUACCCUCCAUAGUCACCAAGACCAAAAUUAGGUGCGACACCGGUUCUGGUACUCUACUUCUACCAAAAUGCAGUUAUUUUAUGUCAAGUAGAAUGUAAGACAGAGACAGAGAUGGACGCAGCUAAGCAAUCUUAAUCUUUUAUUAUUUUUCUUUUCGUGGUAGGUUGAUAAAUCCCACUUGAACUUCUUGAACUUCCAUAGUGUCGACAACCGGUCAAGAAAGGUAUUUCUAUUUAGAUUUUAUUUUUAAGUGCUGCGCUACUUCCAAAAUCAUAAAAGUCGUGUGUACGUCGUGUGUUUCUAGGUAUAGAGCUAUGAGAGGAGCAUCUUAUGCCUACUCAUCCUCUCUUAGUGCAUAUGCAAUCGUUAUCACGUAUAAUACCUCGGCAAAGUCGAGCUCUUCAUCUACUCCUCAGUUUAGAGAAUAAUGAGUUACAAGUUCAAGUAUGACUAUGAUAGUCCAAGUUCUUGCGCAUGGUGCUUAAUGAAAUGUCGAAGUCGAAGAUUAGAUAAUUUUCAUGUCCCUUUCGCUGUUAACGCGAUUUCCCAUGUUCCCAUAACUGAAGGCGUGCUUUUUCUUGCAAGUCAUGCAAAAUGUGAAACUCGAGUACACAGAUGUAAAAGCCUCAACUUGUAGUACUAGCUAUCUGCUAUUAUAGUCAACACUGUCGUUCUUGUCUGCGAAUUGAAAUCAAUAUUUUAAUUUUCAUCUAGCUACCUCAUCAACAACAACGUGAUCUUUGAUCAUUACCAACACUUAGUUUGAGAAUAUAACCAAAUGAACUACAUCAUGGAAGUUGUAGAUCACGAUGUUGAUGAAAACUGUAUUAAUAAUACUCAGCGAGCAGGAGAACCCUAGAACUAGCUUCAGGAGCCUCCAUUAUGUCUAUGCAUAAACAUGGCUCUUCAUCAUCUCCAGCUUCCAAGGAGCUACAACUGGUGACUACCGUACCCGCCUCCGCUUCCGCGUUGUGGAAUCUAGUGUCUUAGCGAAGUAGAAGAAGGGUAGUCUUGCUACUUAGUAGUUCCUUGUCCCCAAAGAAACAAGAAAAACAUUAAUGAUCUAUGAUGUUUACUAAACUCCGAGCGUAG